UUUUAACUUCUUUUUUCAAAAUAAAAUAGUGUCAUUGAUUAAGUAUACAUGUAUGCAUACUCAGGUAUGCAAGUGUGCGCAUAAUGAGCAUGCGCAGUCACAGAUAGUGAAUAAUCCCACGUGGUCGUGGUUGUGAUUUACUGUGACUUGUACGAAUAAAGCUAAUUUUAAUCUCGUAUUUAUAAAAGAAAAAAAUUUGUAAAUUAAUAAGAAGUUGAUUGUGAUAUUUCUUUAAUUAAGUACAAAUUGAUUGAAAAUAUGUUUAGUUAAUAUAAUUAUUUAAUCUGCAAUAUUUUAAUAAUCUUUAAGGAUAUAUCCAAGAAAAUGAAGGAGGAACCAAUGGAGGGUGUUAUAAACGAAGACGAGAGCAGCGAGACCAGCGACGAUGAGUCGAUGGAAGAAGGCGAGAAAGCGAACGAGAGUCAAGAGGAAGCAGAGUCGCGAGUGUAUCUUCCAGGACAGGCUUUGCAAAAGGGGGAAGAGCUUGUGGUAGACAAGUCGGCAUAUAAAUUGUUGCAUCAUGCGCAAUCCGGAGCACCGUGCCUCAGCUUCGACGUAAUACCAGACAACCUGGGUAACUCUAGGGAGAGUUAUCCCCUAAGCAUGUACAUAGUCGCCGGGACGCAAGCCGCGAAAGCGAACAUUAAUAAUCUUCUUGUCAUGAAAAUGUCCAAUUUACGCGCUAACAAGUACUCCGAAGAUUCAGAGACUGAAUCGAGCGAUUCGGAGGACGAGGAUGAGGAUCGCAAGCCAGUUAUGAGUGUUGCUCCUAUAAAACAUCAAGGAUGUAUUAAUAGAGUGAGAUGUACGAAAUUUGGUGGAGCAAUCUUGGCUGCCAGUUGGAGUGAAUUGGGACGUGUAAAUAUUUGGAACUUGCAAGAACAGUUGAACGCAGUUGAAAAUCACAGCUUAUUGACUCAAUAUCGUAAUAAAUGUGAUAAAGCUAGUGCAGGCAUUAAGCCAUUAUAUGCGUUUAAAGGUCAUCUAUCAGAAGGAUUUGGCCUUGAUUGGAGCCACAUGGAGCUGGGCACUCUAGCAUCUGGCGAUUGCAAAGGUAACAUUCAUAUAUGGCGAAUCGAUAGCAGCGGCGCAUCCUGGCAUGUAGAUCAAAGGCCAUACAAUUCACAUGCUCCACACAGUGUAGAAGAUUUACAAUGGUCGCCAAGCGAAAAGAAUGUGCUAGCAUCAUGUUCCGUGGAUAAAAGCAUAAAAAUCUGGGACACACGAGCAAGUCCGCAGAAUGCGUGCAUGUUGAUGACACCUGAUGCUCACACCUCUGAUGUCAACGUUAUCUCGUGGAAUCCGAAGGAGAGUCAAUUUAUGGUAUCAGGUGGAGACGACGGACUGCUCCACGUGUGGGAUCUGCGGCAGUUCGGAUCCAACGACACGACUCCGGUCGCUACUUUUAAGCAACACACUGCACCAAUCACCACCGUAGAAUGGCAUCCCACGGAAGCCACAGUGUUUGCCUCUGGCGGGGCUGACGAUCAAAUCGCUCAAUGGGAUCUGUCGGUGGAAGCAGACCACACGGAAGAGCAGCCUCAGGACAGCGUAUUAGCCAAGUUACCGCCACAGCUACUGUUCAUACAUCAGGGUCAGUCGGAUAUCAAAGAGUUGCAUUGGCACUCGCAAUGUCCAGGAACUAUGAUAUCGACCGCGCAUUCUGGAUUUAAUAUAUUUCGUACGAUUAGUGUAUAAUAAGAAUGUCACUCUCUAGAAUAAUAUAAAAGAAUAUGUUUAAGAAACUGUGAAAAACAAUAUAUUAUGUAAAAUUAUACACACA